AUGUAUGCACAAUAUUUCAGAUUAUACGGAUCAUUACUUAGAAGAGGUUUCCACAGUUUGUCGUUGAUGGGAGCUUCCGACGAAGAUGCCAUGGACCUAGUCAACACUUUUCCUCUAGCUUCAAAACAUAUACAUACGCUUAGUUUAAGAUGUUCGAGCAUUACUGAUAGAGGACUAGAAACGCUUCUCGAUCAUCUUCAGGCUCUUUAUGAACUAGAACUAGCCGGUUGUAACGAGAUAACGGAGGCGGGGUUGUGGGCGUGUCUCAAUCCUCGGAUAGUCUCGCUUACCCUCACCGACUGCAUAAAUGUAGCCGACGAAGCUGUAGGGGCGGUCGCUCAGCUACUACCCGCUCUCUACGAGUUCUCCCUGCAAGCCUACCACGUUACUGAUGCCGCUUUAGGAUAUUUUUCGCCGAAGCAAAGCAAUUCGCUCAAUGUGCUAAGGCUGCAUUCCUGUUGGGAAAUCACCAAUCAUGGUGUUGUAAAUAUAGUACAUUCACUACCGAAUUUAACAAUUUUGAGCUUAUCUGGCUGUAGUAAAAUCACCGAUGACGGAGUCGAACUGAUAGCCGAGAAUUUACAAAAAUUGAGGUCGCUCGAUCUGUCUUGGUGUCCUAGGAUCACUGAUGCUGCCUUGGAAUACAUAGCGUGCGAUCUUAACCAGUUAGAAGAACUUACUCUAGAUAGGUGUGUACAUAUAACAGAUAUAGGUAUUGGUUAUAUUUCUACAAUGUUGUCGUUAUCUUCCCUAUAUUUGCGUUGGUGUUCCCAAAUAAGAGAUUUUGGACUGCAACAUUUGUGCGGAAUGCGCAACCUACAAAUACUGUCUUUAGCAGGGUGUCCGUUGUUGACUUCCAGUGGCCUGUCCAGCUUGAUACAGCUGCGGCACAUGCGAGAACUAGAACUAACAAAUUGUCCAGGAGCGUCUCGGGAACUCUUCGACUACCUUAGGGAGCAUCUUCCUCGCUGCCUCGUCAUAGAGUAA